AUGGGGCGUCACGCUCUUGUCAUGGGCGCAUCAGGCAUCACUGGCUGGGCGAUUGUGAACCAGAUUCUACGUGGCUACCCCCGGAAAGGAAUCUUCUCCAAGGUCACCGCCGUGACCAACAGACCGCUCGCCCAGGAGCAUACCCUGUGGCCGCAAUCUGACGCCCUGCAGGUGUGUAGCGGGCUGAAUCUCCUCGAGGGAACUCAAGGAGACUUGGAGGCCAAGAUGAGACAAAAGGUGCGUGACAUCAACAAUGUCACCGACCUGUAUUUCUACGCAUACAAGCACUCCAGCAUUCCAGAGGAAGAGAGCUCGGUGAACACGCAGAUGCUGGAGCGAACCAUCCGCGCCGUCGACCGGCUCUCCAGCAACCUAUCCUUUGUGGUCUUACCCAGUGGAACGAAAGCGUACGGGGUUCAUCUAGGAAAAGAUCUCUUUCCGUUCCAAAAUCAAUUACCUUUGACAGAAAGCCUGCCCCGAAUCCCCGAGCCUCAUGCCUCCAGGAUGUUUUAUUAUCAACAAAUCGAUUCCCUUCGAAGACUUUCGCGAGGCCGCUCUUGGCAAUGGGUCGAUCUGCGGCCGGAUGUGAUUACGCUGGCCGUAUACCUGAGUCUCUUUGCUGCGGUUGAAGGGAAGGGCACGACCUGUCCGUUCCCCGGCUCGACCGAAGCGUGGCACACUCUAUCCAACGACAGUCCUCAGGACGCGGUUGCGCAAUUUAGUAUUUUCGCUUCUCUGAACCCGGAGAAGACGGCGGGGCAGUCCUUCAACGUCGCGGGGAGCGACCAGGCUGUGUCAUGGUCCGAACGCUGGCCCAUCAUCUGCCAAUUCUUCGGGCUCGAGGGGACCGAGCCGGUCGAGUCAAGCCUGGCUCCUGCCGAUUACAUGAGAUCACACCUCGCCACGUGGUCGGAGCUGGUGCGGACACACGGACUCGAGACGAAUUUGAUCAGGGACGAACUGGCCGAAGGCAAGGCCGGCUAUCAAAAGCAUAUCAUGUCCGAGCUCUGCUUCGACCGAUCUUUAGAUCUCGGGAGAAUGAGGCAGGCGGGCUUCCAAGAGGUUUCGGACUCGAAAAGAGCUUGGUGGACGGCAUUUGAGAGGUUUCGGGAGGCCAAAGCGAUUCCAUGA